UUGAAAUGUGAAGAGAACCCACAAUGCUGAGGGAAAACAGUACUGCACAAAGACAUGAGAGUAAAAGGGAAAAACCUGCUUCAGUGAGCAGAUGGAAGAAGAGUGGAGGUCAUUUUACAGGGGAAGCACUGUGGAUGAUGAAGCUUUGGAUGCAUCCCUGGAACCAAACCCCUUGCAGGAUGGAUACUAAGAUUUACAAGACUGCGCUGUUAUGUCUUCUGUUUGUCAUGUCAGAAGUGUCGUGGGCCCAGAGUCAAACACCCUCAGAUCAAACAAUGUCUCCCACCAAACCUACGACUCCCACUGGAAACAGAACCACCAUAAAUGCUGAAACUGCCCCGAAAAAUCUCUCAGAGAAAACCACAUCUGGGCACAACACCCAGAACUCUUCAGUCAGCUCCACCGUAUCUGAAAGAAGAACAACAGCUGUCACUCAGAAGGCAACAGAGCUUCAAACAAAGCCCACAUCUGCUACAGUGUCAUCGACGAAGAAAACAAUGACCAAAAGCACAACUGUCUGGGAUCCAAAGUGGGAUAAACCUUUCACCUAUGAUUAUCAAUCUCUGCGAUAUGCUGGCCUGGUUAUUGCCAGUGUGCUCUUUGUUAUGGGAAUUAUGAUCAUUGGCUGUGGCAAGAUCUGCCGGCUGCCCAAGUGUCACAAGAAGUCAUCGAAAUCAUACCGUGUGGUCCAGGGAUAAGAAGAUGUGCGAACAAUGGCAGCCAUGGAAAGUUUCAAGAAAUUACAAACCCCUUCGUACGUCAGAGAAAAACACUUCACCAACACCUGGCAACGUGUUUGUGUGCAGACUGGCAGGCUAAUUGUACUGCUUGGUAACUGUGGUGGAAAUUUGAAUAAACAAAUCUUGACUCAU